AUGCAUCCUCCCACUUCAUUGUCAACGCCUAUUCAUUCUCAUUCCAGUCCUCGGCUCGAUGCCAUGCGAUCACCACCCACUCCAAUUACACACCACCACAACUCUUUCGACCUCACUCCUCGAAAAGACAGCAAACCCACCGACCAGCCCCUCUCAUCUUCUGAACCGCCAUUGACCGAUUUCCCUCAAGAAGUCACCUGGUUAUUCUUCCGUGACAACCAAUGGAUACCAUUCCAAAGCGAGAACCAUUACAAGAUUGAGCAAGCUUUCACCAUGGGCGGCAUCUAUGUGGAUAUCAAAGAUCACAACUUUCCUCAGCUCAAAAGCAUACGUGUGUUUCCAGCUCGCUUUUAUCUGUCCUACCUCGGCAUGAAGUACAGGCUCAGUUGCGUUAUACAAGGCUGA